GUUCACUCACAACGCAUCCCCCUCCUCGUGUCAUCUCGGGCAUUUGGCUCGCCUUCCCCAUACCGUCACGCCACACACUUUCGGCUCCGAACAGGGUAAAUGUGUGAUGGAGCAGACGAUAGCUCUCAAACCUAAACCCAAGGCAUCUGCCUCUGCCUCUGCCUCUGCCUCCUCUAGUGGUGGCGGUGUGCAACCCCCUCGCGGCGGCGACCCGUCAGCAUCUCAGAUCGUCUCGGUCCCGGCCAACAACAAGCCACGGGUGAGCAAAAAAGCACCAAAAUGCCACUGGGGCAGACCUGUUUCAUGUCGUCGGUGGCUUACUUACAUGUUUUAUCUUUUGGUCGCCUUCAGAUCCCGAAUGCCAAUGUGGCUGUCCUUGACAUUGCAGAUCGCUCGGGCCAAAAUGCCGCUAAUAAGAAGCCAAAGACAAAGUCAUUCAAGACACGUACUGGUUGUAAAGAGUGCAAACGCCGCAAAGUGAAAUGUGAUGAGGGCAAGCCAAUCUGUAACCGGUGCAAGGCCGUCGGUCUAACAUGUCAUUUCCCGCUGAGCCAAUCCGUCGGCUUCAACACCACAGCUACGGCCGUGACAACAGCAGCACCCCAGUCCGACACACGCAUCCUAGCCAAGCCAACCUACAUCCUCUCGCUCUUCAAAGACCAGACGCAAUAUGACAUGUUCUCCACUUUUCUCUGGUCCAACGAGCAGGGCACCACCCUCCCUCACAACACCUUGGCUACCAUCACGCCUCAGCUGGCCCAUGAGGAUGCCGCUGUCCGUGAGACGUGCUGUGCCCUAGGCGGUGCCGUCAACGCCUUCACGCAGCCAACCAUCGACUCUGUAGCUGCUGAUAAGGCGCAUCAGCUGUCUCUUCAAUACUAUACACGUACUGUACGUGCUGUGACGACUGCUACCUCUACGCUACGUGCGCUGCGUAGUGUUACUCACGUGGCUCUUGUUUUUCUCACCUACGAUAUCCUUCGCGGGGACAUGCACGCUGCUGUUCUGCACCAUGACCACGCAGCUCGUCUUUUUGAAGCGUAUCUCGGUAAACGAAGUGCCCAAGAAGGUGUAUCUUUAUCAGAUUUAGUAUUUGAUGAUUAUGAGAAUGCCCUGUUUGACAUGAUACAGCGAUUGAGUACCUACCCGUGGGCCCUUAGACUGGGUAUCACCGGGGACACGGAUGAGUUCCUAGCUGCGAAGCGAUGCCUUGGAAGACACAGGUACUCCGUAGACAAAAUGCCCUCUUCAUUUCACGAUUUGGAUCAAGCGUUAAGAUGGUGGGAUGUCGCACAACAUCACCUAGCUCAUCAUCUCUCGGACGACGAUAAAGAGACCACCAAAGCUACAUGGGAGAGAGCUUUCUCGGUCCUUUCAAGCUGGCACAACGGUUUCGUGCUGCUAUACCGCUACACACAGCAGCGCAAAAAUGAGGAGCCGCACAGUUACGUGACAGCCAGUGUCUUUGAAGCACUAUACCUAGAGUGUCUGUCAAGUCUCCACUUACAGCUCAACACGGAUGCAAAGGUGCUACCUGACGCGAAGCCCGUGUACCGCGAGAUCAUCGCCACGACGCACCGUAUCCUCGGCGAGCUAAAAGGGCCGCAAGCAAACUUCCGCUUCAUGGACAACAACGUCAUGAAGCCGCUGUUUGUUGUCCUCUUCAAGUGCAGCGAUCCCGAGAUCAGAGAGGGUGUCAAACAAGUCCUGCAGCAUGGCGUUGCCAAGUUUGGAAGUGCGUGCCUUGCUGGGAUUGUGCUGGGCAUGAUGCACAUGAAGAGCGAGCAUGUUCCGCAGAUAUUGAGGAAUGUUGAGAGAGCGGUUGGAUGGCAUCUGACAUCUGUGGGAUGCGGACCUGGAGUGAUUACCGCUGUCUAAAAUUGCAUUGAUGAUGAUGAGAGCGUGAUUUCAUAGAAUAUACGACAGUCAUGAUAAUGAGAAUUGACACUUGGAUGGAAUAUUUGCUGGAGUUGAGAACAGUGUAAUUUCGGAUCCGAUCUUUAGUGCUGAGCAGACAUCGGAGAGGUUUUGUUAUCUUG